AUGUCCUCGCAUAGGACUAGCUAUAGUCAUAGACCAAUGGAAUGGAGAGCCAAGACUACAAGCCACUCCUUAAACCAAAGGAGUGGAAAUAACAGAGCACACAAUGGAAGCUAUGGACUGCCUAACCAAAAUGAAGAUAACAGAGAAAGGAUGCGAUCUCCAAGAGUUGAUUUGGUUAGGAACCAACUAGCACACAUCCCUCUCAACAGAGGAGAAGACUCUAGCUCCUCCAAAACUCAGACAAAUGAACAAAACAGGGGGAUUCCCCUACAAGACAAUCAACAAGGGGCCUUUGAGGUGGCACUUGGAGAAGUAAAGGCAGCCAUGGAACUCUAUACUCGAAGUGCUGAUCCUACUGAGAGUGCAGCUAGGCGAGAAAGAAUGAAGUUAGCGGAACAAGAGGGCGAGAUGGAAGAGGCAGCGUUGCUCAUGAUUGAAGCUUCCAGGACUGAGAGAGAAGCACCAGAACCAAUGGUACAAGACACUCCCCCUACUGCAGAAAGAAUUCCUAUCUCUCAGAGACUAGGCCCUCUCAAUCCUGAUCCCACAAAUGAGGUGAAUAUCCCAUUACCUGCGCCUCCGACUAAGAGGAAACCGGGACGUCCCCCUGUCUCCCAAAGGAUUAAAGCCCCCUCUCAAAAGAAGAAACAGAAUAACGAGACAGCGGUAACAAACCAGGCGGAGAAGAAAAAGCUGGGACGCCCCCCCAGUCAGGAGAAUUACUCAUCAGAGCCCUAA